UUUUAUACUUGUCUGAAACUUCCUCCCAGUUCUAAAAUAAACACAUCCAUCAUGAGUUCCUCAGAUUAAUCAUCGUCUGGAGGAGAAGAAGAGAUAGAAGAGUUGAAUCUGUUUAACUAUCACCAGUUGGCUUUAAUCGGGUGGAGGCUUGAGGAAGCUUCAACCUCACGUCGUUGUUCAACAAGUCGCACCUCCAUUGAUCGUGAAAGGGUCUCAGGUCAUGACCGUCUCAUGCAGGAUUACUUCAAUCCAAAUCCAACAUACGAUGCCCUCAUAUUCAGAAGGUGUUUUUGUAUGCAACUACGACUAUUCAAUUGCAUAAUGGGUGUCGUUGUGAGGUAUGAUCCCUCUUUUGCACGAAGGAGUGAUGUCGUUGGUCAACUAGGCCUAUCGCCGGAGCAAAAGCUUACUAGUGCACUACGCAUGCUAGCUUAUGGCUCUCCAGCUGAUCAACUUGAUUACUACAUGCAUAUGGCUCAGAACACUGUGCUGGAAUUUUUCAGGAAGUUUUGAAGAGCCAUUGUCGGGAUGUACUCAUCGACAUACCUCCGUGCACCAACUCCUGCUGAUGUAAGGAUUCAACGUGGAUUCCCUGGUAUGAUUGGAUCAAUUGAUUGCAUGCACUAGGAGUGGAGGACUGUCCUACUUCUUGGACUGGGUAGUACCUAGGGCACAACCGUAAACCAACAAUCAUUCUCAAGGCAGUGGCUUCUUCCAACACCUGGAUAUGGCAUGCUUUCUUCGGCCCGCCUGGGUCGAAUAACGACAUCAAUGUUUUGAGGAUGCCUCCAGUGUUUGACUGUAUCCUCAACGGAACCGCUCCACAAGUACAAUUUGAGGUAAACGGUCAUACCUAUUAUCAAUGUUAUUAUUUGGCUGAUGGUAUUUAUCCUUCGUGGUCAACUUUAGUGAAAACAUUCAGCAAUCCAAGCUCAAACAAAGAAGCCUUGUUUGCUCGAUGUCAAUAAGCACAUCGAAAAGACGUAAAGCGGACUUUGGAAUUCUUCAAGCUAGAUGGGCAAUCGUUCAUGGCCCUGUGAGAUCUUGGGAUGUUUCCAAAAUUAAUGAUAUAAUGUUGACAUGCAUUAUAUUGCACAACAUGAUAAUUGAGGAUGAGCAGGUUGAUUCUGACGAUGAGAUGGAAGAUAAUCUAGAUUAUGAGGUACAUGACCAACAACCAACUAAAUGUCGACAUAGAUAUUCCAACCCUAACUGAAUACUUGGCUAGGAAUAAUAGGCUUCGUGCUGCACCAAUACAUCAUGGGCUUUGUCGGGACUUGGUCGAGCAUAUUUGGAACUCGCAUGGAAAUAAUUAGUCAUUGUUGUUGCUUGGUAUCGAUGUUGGGAUGCUUUGUAAUUCAAUUGGUAACAAUUUGUUUUGUAAUUCAAGAAUGCAUUUUCAUUUCAAUAAUAUAUCGGUCUAGUUUUUGUUUACAUACAACUUCAAGAUGAUAAACAUAAAUUUUAAAUAAAAUGAAUUUAAUUGAAGUUAUAUUAUCAAAUAAAAGAAAUUAAAUACAAAUUAAAGAAGUCUAAAAAAAUUACAAACAUUAAUUCUCAUUUCCUUAAGUAAACACCUUCCUUUUUUUCUCCUUAAAAAGUUCCCUUAGAGGUGUUUGGAUGGGUCUUUUUAUGAGGUAAUUUGGUCCAAUUGACUCAAAAUGAGACAAUUGAGCCAAAUUGAUCUAUUUGGCUCCACAAAAUUGAAACGAAAAAAUUUGGGCUGUGAAAAUUGAAAUUGCAUCAUUAUGGAUCAAUUGAGAAUACUGGGGGUGGGGGAGGUAAUCUUGAUUGGCUCGUUUUUAUUCUCUCUUUCCAAGUGUUACCCUUUCUUUUUCUCUUUCUCUCUCUCCAUAAAUAAACCCCACCAUCUUCUUGCCUUCCUCUGCAACGAGGAACCCUUCAUCCUCGAUUCUUCUUUUUCCUUUUUCCCCAUCUUCUUUCCUUUCUCUGCAAUGAGGAACCCUUCCUCCUUGCUUCUUCUCUUUCCUUUUUUCCCCAACUUCUUUCCUUCCUCUACAAUUAGGAACUCUUCCUCUUCUCUUCUUCUCUUUCCUUUUUGUCUUGGCAACAAUCUGCCAAAAAAAUUUCUCUCUUCUCUUCUAUGUCAUCUUUUUCUUUCUUGUAAUAACGACGAUGAAAGGGAAGGUUUAUUGUUUCUUUCUCAUGGCGAGACCUCAUUUGAUAGAGGGUAAAGUCGGAAGAUGAAGCGGGAAGUUCGUCGACGAAGAGGGACGAGAGGACCUGCGUGUGUUGCUCGUUUGGGCUUGCGAUGUUGAAGCUGUAGAAAUCAAUUGGUAGUUCUGCAUGUAGUUAAGUUGUGGGUUCAACAAGAUUUUUUCUAUUUCUCAUAGGGUUUCAAAUUCAGUUAUGCUUAGGUUCAUAUUUUGCAUGAUCUAUUUCUAUAAGGGGGUCUGCUUGAUUCAGGGGAAAAUCAAAUUUCUAGAUUUGG